AUGAUCUUUGCUCCAAUCACUGGCGUCAACCAUCAUGGCCAAACAAUUGUAUUUGGUUGUGGACUUCUAAGUGAUGAGAAAUCUGAGUCUUUUAUUUGGUUACUGGAACAAUGGUUGAAAGCUAUGCCUAGUGGUCCAUCGAAAGUUAUAAUUACUGAUCAAGAUCCAGCAAUUGCAAAAGCCAUUGCUCAAGUUCUUCCACUUACACUCCACCGUUUUUGUCUUUGGCAUAUCAUGUUUAAAUUUCGAGAUAAGCUUGGUCCUGUGAUUGCUCAAAGUUAUUAUGGACUCUUCAAAGCCAGUGUAUAUAACUCCAAGACUAAAGAAGAAUUUGAAGCUAGUUGGAAGAAUGCUGUGCAACAAAGUAGUCAAGAAAAUCAUGCGUGGUUGAACACAAUGUAUGAACUACGAAGUAAAUGGGUCCCUGCAUUUUGCAAUCACAUCUUUCAUGCGGGUAUGCAAAGUAGUCAAAGAGUUGAGAGUAACCAUUCAUUCUUCAAAUCAUUUGUUUCGGUGAACAAUUCUUUAUUGGAUUUUGCUACAAGGAUUAAAAGGGGACUUAGACAACAAAGGCAUGAAGAACUGAUUCGUGAUCAUGUUGAUAGUAAUGAAAUUCCAAAGACAAGGACUUACUAUCCCAUAGAAAAGCAAAUGCGUGAGGUGUACACAAAAGAAAUAUUUUUGAGGUUCCAAGAUGAGGUUGUCAAGAGUACUGCUUACUUGAAAUGUGAAACUUUGAAGGAAGAUGAAAAUGAAUGCGUGUAUAAUGUUUUAAGGGCUGCAGAUGAUGAACAAAGCUGGAAAUUGCGACAAAUAGUUCAUGACAAAGUUUCUGGUUUUGCCAAGUGUAGUUGUGGAGGCUUUGAGGUUGAAGGAAUUGCAUGUAGGCAUAUCAUUUUCUUUUUUCGAAGUAUGAAUAUGGUACAUUUGCCAAUUGAAUACAUCUUGGAUAGGUGGACAAAAAAUGCAAAAGUUGGAAGAGUUUGGGAUGAUGAUGGUGUCGAAGUGAAAGAUGUGGGUGAUAAGUCAUUGAUGAUGAGAUAUAUUCAAUUAUCUCAACUUUCACAAGGUGUAAUUGAUGAGGCGUCUCUUUCACAAGAAACAACAAAAUAUUUCACAGAUGGACUCCAUUCCCUUCGCCUUGGUAUUAAAGAACUUUUCUCAAAUCUGGGUGUUGAGGAACUUCCAUCCACAAAAAAAAAAAAAAGAAUACCUCAGGAAAUACUCAUUGAAGAACCAUCUCAAUCAAAGGCAAAAGGAAGUGGGAAGAGGUUGAAGUCAUCCAAAGAAAUUGCAAUGAAUAGGCAGAGAAACUGUGGAAAAUGUGGUAAAACUGGGCACAACAUAAAAACAUGUGAGAAGCACAAUGCUAAUGGGUCAAGCAUACAAAUCAACCCCACUGAGCAAUCAAAUGAAGCACCACUUAGCAUGUAA